GCCUAGGUCCUUGUCUUGACUGCCUGCAGCGCACUCUUCUUCUGCAUAGUCUUGGCUUGACAUCGCAUGGCCUCGUCAAGCGGGUAUAGAUAGAAUACACGACUACUACAUCGCUACAAUACAUUCACCUGCUGCCGCGCUCGUGACGAUGGCGUCUCAAGCACGCGCGCAUUUUGCCGAGGAGCCCGCCGAGGUGACCAGCACCGUCGACCUCGAACUUGCCAACUCCAAGCUGGAAGAGAACGACAAUGAGAAGGACGGCGAGGAUGUCUCGGGUUCCGACGACAUUGCUCGCGAAGUCGACGAUGGCGCUGCGCCUGCGAACGGCAACAACCUGGAGAAGCUGGGCACGUACGACAAGUACGAGUUGACGGAAGACGACUGCUACGACGAGCUCGGCUACAGCUUCCCGGCGUGGAGGAAGUGGUACAUCCUCACCAUCAUCUUCAUCGUCCAGGUGUCGAUGAACUUCAACACCUCCCUCUACUCCAAUGCUCUCGGCGGCAUCUCCGAGCAGUUCCAUGUCAGCGAACAAGCUGCCCGUGUCGGUGCGGCAAUCUUCCUCGUUCUCUACGCGUUCGGUUGCGAGCUCUGGGCGCCAUGGUCGGAGGAGUUUGGUCGCUGGCCCAUCCUCCAGCUCUCGCUCGGUCUUGUCAACAUCUGGCAGAUUCCCGUCGCACUCGCACCCAACUUCGCCACCAUCAUCGUCUGCCGUGGCCUUGGUGGCUUGUCGUCCGCUGGUGGCUCCGUCACUCUCGGCAUGAUCGCUGAUUUGUGGGAGGCGGACAAGCAGCAGUACGCUGUCGCCUUUGUCGUCUUCUCUUCAGUCGGUGGCUCCAUUCUCGGUCCCAUUGUUGGUGGCUUCGUUGAAGCUUUCCUUCCGUGGCAAUGGUGCAUCUGGAUCCAACUCAUCUUCGGCGGUUUCAUCCAACUAGUCCACUUCUUCACCGUCCCCGAGACUCGCACUACCAUCAUGAUGAACAAGAUCGCGAAGAAGCGCAGAAAGGCCGGCAACCCCAACGUCUGGGGCCCGGACGAGCUGGUACCCUUCAAAGACCGCUUCUCCGCCAAAGAAGUUCUCAUCACAUGGAUCCGCCCCUUCAAGAUGUUCUUGACCGAACCCAUCGUCCUGGUCCUGUCGUUACUCUCCGGCUUCUCCGACGCCCUGAUCUUCAUGUUCAUCCAGGCCUUCUCGCUCGUGUACAAACAAUGGAACUUUAACACGUGGGAGCUCGGCCUAUCUUUCAUUCCCAUCGGCAUCGGUUAUCUCAUCGCUUGGGCCCUCUUCAUCCCCGCCAUCAAGCGCAACAUCAAACAGCGCGAGGCGAAUCCGGAAGACGAGCGCGCUCAAUACGAAUCUCGCCUGUGGUUCCUUCUGUAUACCGCACCGUGUCUCCCUAUCGGCUUGAUCGGCUUUGCAUGGACAAUCGAGGGGCCGCCAAUCCACUGGAUCGGCUCAAUGGUCUUCGCCGCCAUCGUCGGCAUCGCCAACUACGCCAUCUACAUGGCCACCAUCGACUACAUGAUCUGCGCUUACGGCCCUUACUCCGCUUCCGCUACGGGUGGUAACGGCUGGGCUCGUGACUUCCUCGCUGGUGUGCUGACACUGCCGGCCACGCCCUUCUUCACGAACAUUGGUGCAUCCUCCGGCAAUAAUCUGGAGUACGCCACUACCAUCUUGUUCUGCAUUUCUUUCGUACUGGUCAUAGCGGUUUACAUCAUCUACUGGAAGGGUCCGGUACUUCGCAAGCGCUCGCCAUUCGCUCAAAAGCUUGCCGGGGCUAGGGAAGAAACCGGCGGCAGGCGCGUCAGCACCGUUGGCGAUUGGCAAGGGGACGAAAAAGGAGCCGGAGCACAGCAAGGAGCCGACGGUGCUCGACCGAGUCCAGGCUCGAGAUCGUACAGCCAGUCAGGACGCUUCUUCGGCGAAUCUCGCGUCACACCUCGUGGCACGCCAAGAGGGACCCCUUCGGCUUCGCGGGCGAACAGCAUUUCCAAUGUCCAACAAGCGCACAAGCGUCCUGCGCGGGCUUAGGGACUCUUACGCACGGCGCGGAGUGCUUCGUCGGAUUUGUCUAGUAUGCUGGCUCAUUAGUGGCGUUCUACUGUAAAGUGUUGGCGAAGACUCUGCAUUGGAGUGGAAGGCUGGGUUUUUUGGCGCUACUGACACUUAUGAUGAGGUGGGUGACGGGCGGCAUGUGGCGUUGGACACCACGGGCUGCUGGCGGCGGUAUUGGUUGAGUCCUUUCGCUCAUGGAAUACCACGGAGAGACAUGUGUGUAGCAUACGAUUACGGACUUCAUGUAUGCAUCAGAAACGCCUUACCGACGCUUUCUUAAUCCACAUAACAUUCCCAAACCA